UGGUCAUCAUUAUUCAACGCCAGUCGCCAAAAAACCAAACAUUUAAAAAUAAGAAGUUCUUGUUAUAUCAUUAGGUACUUUAUUAAACACAAAUUAAAAAAAAAUGUGUGAUAGUGAUGAUCCUGGCGACCAGGGUCGAGGCGGCAUGGACCUCACAGGAUUUUUAUUUGGAAAUAUAGACGAAAGCGGUCAACUUGAAGACGAUGGGUUGUUGGAUGGAGAUUCAAAGAGGAUGCUGUCCUCUCUGAACCGCUUAGGCCUUGGAUCAAUGUUGUCUGAAGUUUUAGAUCAGGAGGAACCUAAUAAAGAUGAUGAAGAGAAAGAUUAUACACAAAAAAGCCCAUCGGCAAUAGAUUUUUUUGAUAUUGAUGACGCAGCCGAUGAAGAUAAGAAUGAAGAGAGUGAUUGGGAUGCACCAUCAGACACAAACAGAUCAGAAAGUACAGAUGUAAAAGAAGAGAAUAAUGACAAUCAGCAAAACCAACCACAGAAUGAUAAUGACACAAAUCAGGAUGAUUGGAAGGAAAGUGAAAAUGAUCAGUAUGAACAGCGGAAUGAUGAUGGUUAUGAAGGGGACAUGGAGGGCGACGGUGGUCUCAUGCCUCCGCCAAAUACUGUUCCAAAACAAAAGACUGAGAAACCUAAAAGGUUGGAAACUCCAUUAGCCGCAAUGCUUCCAUCAAAAUAUGCAAAUGUUGAUGUCACAGAACUUUUCCCAGACUUUAGACCUGACAAGGUAUUACUUUUCUCUCGUCUAUUCGGGCCUGGGAAACUAUCGAGUCUUCCUCAAAUUUGGCGAGGCGUUAAGAAACGGAGACGUCGUAAGAGAAGCGGCAGUACAGGGUCCGAUACGCCCCCACAAACAUCUGAACUGCAGGACCCGCAAUAUGCUAGCGAUGAUGAGGAUAAAUUUCUCAAACCAAUGGAAGAAAACCAAAAUAUCGGGAAUCAAGAGAAUGGUUCUUCCGGUGAUAAAGGUGACAAGAGUCAAAGGCCAACACCUGCUCAUUGGAGGUUUGGUCCUGCUCAGGCUUGGUAUGAUAUGCUGAAUGUGCCAGAAACUGGCGAUGGAUUUGACUAUGGGUUUAAAUUAAAGGCACCAUCACCAGAUCGUGAGGAGAAACCGAAAAAAGAGGAGGAGGUUAAAGAGGAAUGUGAAGGUUCCGAUAGUCCAGAUAGUGGCUUUCCUGAUGAUUCCUUCCUCAUGGUCUCACAGUUGCAAUGGGAGGACGAUGUUAUUUGGGACGGCAGUGAAAUUAAACACAAGGUGCUAGCUCGUCUAAACAGCAAAAGCAAUGCCGCCGGUUGGGUUCCCACGUCGGUGAGUCGCACGGCACAGCAGUUCUCGCAUCCGAGACCGCAACCGCCGGCGCCGUUGCAACCGAAACCACCCACGUCCACAGCAUCAGCUAACAAUCCAGCCAAUUCAGCAGAUGGCGAAGACAAUACUUGGUACAGUAUUUUUCCCGUGGAAAAUGAAGAACUGGUGUAUGGCACUUGGGAAGAUGAAGUGAUAUGGGACCCGGAGAAUAUGCCCAAGAUACCUAAGCCUAAAAUAUUGACUUUGGAUCCUAAUGACGAAAAUAUCAUUCUCGGUAUACCAGAUGAUGUUGACCCUUCGAAGAUUACUAGAGAAAGAGGUCCACAACCUAAAGUGAAAAUUCCGCAUCCCCACGUGAAAAAGUCGAAGAUCCUGCUCGGUAAAGCGGGUGUCAUCAAUGUUUUGCAAGAAGACGCGCCACCUCCACCGCCAAAAUCUCCUGAUAGAGAUCCUUUCAAUAUAUCUAAUGACGUCUAUUACCAACCAAAAUCCCAAAACCCGCGUCUCAAAGUGGGCGGCGGUCAGCUGAUACAGCACAGUACUCCAGUAGUGGAGUUACGAGCGCCGUUCAUACAAACGCACAUGGGCCCUGCUAGGCUGAGAGCCUUCCACCGUCCAGCUAUGAGGAAAUUAUCGUAUGGACCUUUGGCAGCUCCUGGACCACAUCCCGUGCAACCGUUGUUAAAACAUAUCAAGAAGAAGGCCAAGCAACGUGAAGCGGAACGUCUAGCGUCAGGUGGUGGAGACGUGUUCUUCAUGCGUACUCCCGAAGAUCUCAGUGGAAGGGACGGGGAGCUUAUACUGGUCGAGUUUUGUGAAGAACACCCACCGCUCAUCAGUCAAGUUGGAAUGUGUACUAAGAUCAAGAAUUACUAUAAGCGCACUGCUACUAAGGACAACGGUCCAAAACCGCAAAAGUAUGGUGAAAUUGCGUACGCGCACACUUCACCAUUCCUCGGGAUAUUACCGCCGGGUGCUACUCAGUCAGUAGUAGAAAAUAAUAUGUACCGAGCGCCAAUAUAUGAACAUUCAUUGCCGCAGUCUGACUUCCUUAUUAUUAGAACUAGGCAAUCAUAUUACAUACGUGAGGUGGAUGCGCUUUUCGUCGCUGGUCAAGAGUGUCCUUUGUAUGAGGUACCGGGACCCAACUCGAAAAGAGCCAAUAACUUUGUUAGAGACUUUCUUCAGGUGUUCAUAUACAGAUUAUUCUGGAAAUCUCGAGACAAUCCUCGUCGUAUCAAAAUGGAUGACAUCAAGAGAGCUUUCCCAUCACAUUCAGAGAGUUCCAUACGUAAACGGCUCAAGCUCUGCGCUGAUUUCAAGCGUACCGGCUUGGAUUCUAAUUGGUGGGUGAUAAAACCAGAUUUCCGUUUGCCGUCCGAAGAAGAAAUCCGUGCUAUGGUAUCGCCGGAGCAAUGUUGCGCCUACUUCAGUAUGGCGGCUGCAGAACAGAGGUUAAAAGAUGCUGGGUAUGGAGAGAAGUUCAUCUUCACUCCGCAAGAGGAUGAUGAUGAGGAACUGCAGUUGAAAAUGGAUGAUGAAGUGAAAGUAGCACCAUGGAACACAACGCGAGCGUACAUCCAGGCCAUGCGGGGCAAGUGCCUCCUGCAGCUCACCGGUCCAGCCGACCCCACGGGCUGCGGGGAAGGGUUCUCCUACGUGCGAGUUCCCAACAAGCCGACACAGCCCAAUGAGGAGCCGCAGCCGAAGAGAACGGUCACGGGAACAGAUGCCGAUUUGAGAAGACUCAGCUUGAAUAACGCUAAAGCGCUGCUGAGGAAGUUCGGCGUGCCGGAGGAAGAGAUCAAAAAGUUAUCGCGUUGGGAGGUUAUUGAUGUAGUCAGAACACUUUCAACUGAAAAAGCUAAGGCUGGCGAGGAAGGUAUGACGAAGUUCUCUCGAGGGAACAGGUUCUCUAUAGCUGAGCACCAGGAGAGGUAUAAAGAGGAAUGUCAACGUAUAUUUGAGCUCCAAAAUCGCGUAUUGCAAAGCACUGAAGUACUGAGUACAGACGAAGCCGAGAGUUCAGUUAGUGAAGAGUCGGAUCUCGAAGAAAUGGGAAAGAAUCUGGAGAAUAUGUUGGCGAAUAAGAAGACUACGGAACAGUUAACAUUGGAAAGGGAAGAGGCAGAAAGAGCGGAGCUGAGAAAGAUGAUUCUUGGACAGUCGGAAAAGAAGCCGCAGAUAAAUCAAAACGAUCAGCAAUCAUCCAAUCAAGGUCGAGUAUUACGUAUAGUCCGUACGUUCCGUAACGCAUCAGGCCAGCGUUACACUCGAGUAGAGUUAGUCAGGAAGCAAGCCGUCAUAGAAGCGUAUACUAAGAUCCGCUCUACCAAGGACGAUGCAUUCAUUCGACAAUUUGCAACUAUGGAUGAGUCACAGAAAGAAGAGAUGAAACGAGAAAAGAGGAGAAUUCAGGAACAACUGAGGCGUAUAAAGAGGAAUCAAGAACGGGAAAGAUUGGCGGGCAAUCCUCCUGUGCCUGGGUCUGUAAUUGGCGGCGACAGUAUGAGUAUGUCAUCUAUGGGAGACAUGGGUUCAGCGUCGCCUGGGCUCAUUCCUUUAGGACAAAUCAAACAAGAGCCCGAUCUCCAUACACCGUCACGCCGACGCGCUAAGUUGAAACCAGAUCUGAAAUUAAAGUGCGGUGCUUGCGGUCAAGUAGGACACAUGCGUACGAACAAAGCGUGUCCGCUGUACACUGGUGGGGGCGGCCCGUCGUCGCCGGAUCGUGAUGAGAGGGACAGUGAACCGGUCGAUAGUGAAGAUCUCACUUAUGUUGAGGGCACUAAGCUCACACUGCCGUCGAAGAUUGUUAAACAAUCGGAAGAGCUCCGGCGCCGCAGCGGCUUGAGCAGCAGCGGGCGGUCGCGCGGCGAGGUGCGCGCGGCGGGCCGGUCGCGGCGGCGCGGGACCGCCGGCGAGCCGUGCGACUACCUCGUGCGCCGGCCCGCCGAGCGCCGCCGCACCGACCCGCUCGUCACGCUCUCCUCGCUGCUGGAGGACGUGCUCAACCACAUGCGCCACCUGCCCGACGUGCAGCCCUUCCUGUUCCCGGUCAACCCGAAGAUGGUGGCGGAUUAUUAUCGCAUCGUAUCGCGUCCGAUGGAUCUGCAGACGAUCAGGGAUAACUUGCGGCAAAAACACUAUCAAAGCAGAGAAGAAUUCCUUGCAGAUGUUAAUCAAAUUGUGGAAAAUUCUAAUUUGUAUAAUGGUGCUAACAGUAGCUUAACGGUGGCGGCUCAGCGGAUGAUGCAAAGAUGCUUCGAAAAACUAGCCGAAAAAGAGGAACAAUUUAUGAAACUCGAAAAGCAAAUUAAUCCGUUGCUUGACGAUAAUGAUCAGGUGGCUCUAUCCUUUAUAUUCGAGAAUCUAUUAACAACAAAAUUGAAAAUAAUGCCCGAAGCGUGGCCCUUCCUGAAACCUGUGAACAAGAAACAAGUGAAAGAUUACUACAACGUUAUAAAGAAACCUAUAGAUAUGGAGACUAUUGGCAAGAAGAUUCAAGCGCACAAAUAUCACAGCCGCGAAGAGUUCUUACGUGAUAUACAACUAUUGGUUGACAACUGUCGUGCGUACAACGGACCUAACUCGCAGUUCACGAGGCAAGCCGAAGCUGUAUUGAAAGUAACACAAGAGUCACUGGAACAGUUUGACGAGCACGUAAGUCAAUUAGAGGCAAACAUAGCCCGAGUGCAACAGAAAAUGUUAGAAGAAGCGGAUGUAUCAGACACGGAGGAAGAAUUGCCCGUAAAUGACGAGAAACGGGGCAGAGGCAGGCCGAGGAAACAUAAGCCUACACCGUCUACGUCUACGGAUGAAGCAACGCCGAGGAAACGCGGUAGACCAAGGAAAGAUCAAAAUAGCCUAGUAGAUGACUUACAAUAUUCUGACAGCGGCAGUUCUGGUCUUGAAGAAGUGGAACAAAAAGAUGGCACAGAGACUACGGUGCAUUUGUCUGUCAAAUCCGAGGACGAUCCAGGUGCUGGGCCUAGUUUCAAUCCGGCGGAUUUCCCGAUUAAACGGGAAAUACCAGACGAGCCACCGCACGCGUCCGACGAAUUGGUCGACUUGGACCAACAUAGUAUGGACUAUAAUUAUCCUAUUAAGGAGGAGCCAAUAGAACCGGACAUGAGUAUGGAGCCUCCAAUGGACCUGCCAGGCAUGUCUGGGGAGCCGCCACACUUCAAGGAAGAACCGAUGGAGAAUUGGCAGCCCGAUCCUGCAAUACAAGACGAUUUACAAGUCACGGAUAGUGAAGAGGAGCCGGAAGAUGGACUAUGGUUCUAAAGAAAUCACGUGUUGCAAAAAUUAUCUAAAUUUCAUAUUAAAAAAGAUUUUUUAUUGUAUUGUUGAAUUAAGACUAAAAUAAAUUAAGUGAAAUUUUA